AUGGAUCGGGUCGCAAAAUUGGAGGACGAGCUGCGACUACUCAGAGUGUCUACGAGUCUCGACUCGAGCGAGAACGGAAUCACGAACGGCGGCGAGGACUCAGAGACGGAAAAACUCCGGCUACGGAAGGAGCUCGCCAGCAUGAAGAAAGCCAAGCAGAAUGCGGAGGAACACGCUUUCAAAUUGGAGCGACUAGUGACGCAACUGCGUUCCAAAUUCAACGGUCUCCAAUCAUCCCCGAACGGUCCCGAAUCCCUCCCGAGCGAAACCGAACAGGACCCGAACCGCACUCGACGGACGAGCGUCAACUCGAACACUACUGUCGUGUUCGGGCCCGUGACGGACUUGUAGCGAACACUCGCUAGCGACGUCUGUGUUCUAGCCACAGACGUGCUGUGCUCUGUAUUGGAUAAAAUAUACUAGCACUAAACUGUACUGUAUUU